GCCAUUGCCGCUUGGCAGUGCUGUUGGGAGAGAAGGAGGAAGUCCGCAAAGCCAGUUUUCAGUGGAUACCAUCCUAAUAGUGACAGCCUGCUAAAAUAAGGACAUGUCGGUAGUAAUGACCUAAGAGGACAACGCCUUCAAUAAAACCUGACCUGAAUUUUUCGAAGAACUCCGGUGUGCGCAGACUACAGACCUAAACGUUUUUUUUUUUUUUACCUUCGAAUGUGGAUAUGCCUCCAUCUGCUUUCCGUGGUAUAUGGAUCUGGGAGCCACCAUGUUAUUAGGAAGGUGAUAAAAGAAGACACUGGUCGCUGUAACCCAGCUCAAGGAAUAGUCUCGAAAAGAAGUGAGACCAAUUUGGAGGAAAAGAUUUAGUAAAGCCAAGAUGAAAAUGUCCAGCCCCCAAACCGACUGAGCAGCUGAACUGGAAUGAUAUCUUGAUCUAUUUUUCCUAAUAGUAACCAAUUUAGCAAUGAGUGGGCAUAUAUAAUGGCCAAGAAUAAGGAUGCACGCUCCCUGACAUUUUCCGUCAGUGUGGUUGGCCUCUCUGGGACUGAAAAAGAAAAGGGUAACUGUGGUGUGGGCAAGUCCUGCCUAUGCAAUCGAUAUGUGCGCCCAGAUGCAGACAAUUACUACUCUGAGCACACAUCAGUGCUUAGUACAAUAGACUUUGGUGGACGUGUUGUCAACAAUGACCACUUUCUUUACUGGGGGGAAGUGAACAUUAGGGGAGAGGAGGGUUUCGACUGUAAAAUCCAAGUCAUUGAGCAAACUGAGUUCAUUGAUGAUCAAACAUUUCUUCCUCAUCGAAGUACAAAUCUACAGCCAUAUACCAAACGAGCUGCAGCAACUAAACUCCAGUCAGCAGAGAAGCUUAUGUACAUCUGCACAGACCAGCUUGGCUUGGAGCAGGACUUUGACCAAAGGCAGAUGCCUGAUGGAAAGCUGAACAUUGAUGGCUUUGUGCUCUGUGUUGAUGUUAGCAAGGGUUGCAAUAGGAAAUUUGAUGACCAAAUUAAGUUUAUUAACAGCCUUUACUCACAAAUCGUUAAGUCAAAAAAACCUAUUGUUGUUGCUGCUUCAAAGUGUGAUGAGUGUGUAGACCAGCAUUUGAGGGACCUGCAGAUGUUUGUGGCCAGCAAGAAGAACCUGAUGCUAAUUGAGACAUCAGCACGUUUUAAUGUCAACAUAGAGCACUGCUUCAGUGCCCUUAUCCAACAGAUUGAUAAAACAAGAGGAAAGCCUAAAACUAUACCAUACCUGGAUGCCUAUAAAAAUCACCGACAGCUUGUUGCUUCAGUAACAGACAGAUUUGAGAAAUUAAUGGUACAAACAGUGAGAGACUAUCAUAUCACAUGGAAAACAGUCUUAAGUACUUUGAAGGGUCAACCAGACUAUGAUGAGUUUAUCACAUUGGAGGGAUCCCGGAAAGCACGCAACAUGUUCACAAAGCACAUUUCACAUCUGAAGCAAGAGCACAUUAAACGCAGACGUGAGGAGUACUUGACAACACUUCCAAAAACCCUUAACAAUAUUUUCUGUAGUCUGGAAGAAGUUGAACACCUGUCAUGGCCUGAGGCACAGACUAUAAUCCGCAACCGGCACGAUUUCCCGUGUUGGUUUGUGGUACUGGAUCAUACACCGUGGGAUGAGACAGACCACAUUGAUAAUAGUGAUCGCAGAAUACCUUUUGACCUCCUCGAUACACCUGAUGGGGAUAGAAUUUAUUAUACCCAUGUCCAGCACCUGUUAUCUGAGAAAAGAAGGGUAGAGAUGAAAGAUAGAUUUAAGAAGACUCUGGAAAGGGUUCAUUUUAUCAGUCCAGGGCAACCCUGGGAAGAAGUCAUGUGUUUUGUCAUGGAAGAUGAGGCCUACAAGUACAUCACUGAAUCUGAUCGAAAGGAUGUUUACUGUAGGCACCAGCAAGAAAUAGUUGAAAAGGCCAAAGAGGAUUUUCAGGAAAUGUUGUUUGAGCAUGCUGAGCUGUUUUAUGACCUGGACCUGAAUGCAACUCCCAGUUGUGACAAGAUGACAGAAAUUCACAGUGUACUCAAUGAAGAGCCCAGAUACAGAGCACUUCAGAAACUUGCCCCAGACAGAGAGUCACUACUCCUUAAACAUAUUGGGUUUGUCUACCAUCCCACUAAGGAGACGUGCUUAAGUGGACAGAACUGCAUAGAUCUGAAAGUAGAGCAGGUUUUGGCUAAUAGGCUGGUGCAGCUUGACCAUGGAUGCUCAAAUCUCCACUAUAGCAGUGCCAACAUUGAUAAGAUCAAUCUCUGCCUUCUUGGAAAAGAUGGUCUUUCACAAGAACUAGCAAAUGAGAUCCGAGCUCAGUCCACAGAUGAUGAGUACACACUUGAUGGUAAAAUUUAUGAACUGGAGCUUCUUCCUGUGGAUGUCAACUCCACUCUGCUUUUCAGCCACACAUGGGUCGCCACAUUCAAGCCUCACGGCUGCUUUUGUGUAUUUAACUCCAUAGAGUCUCUCAACUGCAUUGGUGAUUGCAUUGGUAGGAUCAGAGCUGAGAUGGCACAGAAUCGACGUGAUCAGUUCACUCAGCCACUCCCAUUUAUACUCAUUCUUUCAAGUCAGAGAGACAGUGUUUGCAAAAACAUACCUAUUCUGAGGCACCAAGGCCAACAGCUUGCAAACAAGUUGCAGUGCACCUUUGUUGACAUUCCCUCAGGAGCUUUUCUUCGGAAAUUCACUGAGUUUCAGAUUAAGCAGGGGCUCAGAGCUGUGCUGGAGGGGCUGAAGCAUAACUUGGAUGUCUUAGCACUGCUACCCUGUAUCAAAGACAUGGAUGAGACUGACCUCAGAAUAGUAAUGUGUGCUAUGUGCUGGGAUCCCUUUAGUGUUGACCUCAUCCUCUCACCUUUCUUGGAAUCACAUUGCUGUAGUGCAGGACAGCCAGGCCAAAGCAAUACGGUAAUUCUGGACAAGAUUAUUGGGGACAGCCGGAAAAGGAUCCAAGUCACUAUACUCUCGUACCACUCAGCAAUUGGUGUCCGUAAAGAUGAACUUGUGCAUGGCUAUAUUCUGGUCUACUCUGCUAAACGCAAAGCGUCAAUGGCAACCCUACGGGCAUUCUUGGCUGAAGUCCAAGAUGUGAUCCCUGUCCAGAUGGUGGCGAUCACAGACAGCCAGGCAGACUUCUUUGAGAAUGAUGCCAUUAAGGAACUGAUGACUGAAGGAGAACACAUUGCCACAGAGAUUGCUGCCAAGUUCACAGCACUCUAUUCCCUGUCACAAUAUCACCGCCAGACAGAGGUUUUUACACCCUUUUUCAACGAAGUGCUAGAGAAAAAGCCAAGCAUUGAGAAGGCCUUCCUGCUCGACAGCUCUUCACGCGACUGCACUACUGGAGCCAGUGAAGACGUUUUCUCCACAUUGCCCCAUAGCCAUUUGCCAGCUUACAACACCUACUAUCCUGAAUCUGAUGAUGAUAAUGAGGCUCCCCCACCUUACAGUCCAAUAGGUGAUGAUGUUCAACUUCUUCCUACACCCAGUGAGCGGGCAAAGUACAGGAUUGACCUAGAGGGAAAUGAGUAUCCUGUUCAUAGCACAGCUAUAGGAGACCAUGAUCGCAACCACAAAGUGCCUCCACCUGUCCGGCCUAAACCGGUGCUCCCUAGGCCUAAUGUGAAAAGGCUGGACCCCAACCUACUUAAAACCAUUGAGGCUGGCAUGCGAAGCAAUCGCAGGAUGCCUUGUGGCCCAGUCACACACACCGAAGAUGUUGAAGCAUCAGACAACUAUGCAGAACCUGUUGACACCCUUGUUCGGUCCAGAGGUUUCCACAAUGAUGACAUUUAUGUUGUGCCUGAAGACUCUCACAGCCGUCUGGUGAAAAUUAAAAACUCCUUUGGUGGACUGCAUGGCCUUCAUUCAGUAGGAGACGAGGAGAAUGGAUUUGAUCGAAGGUCUCAGGCUAUGAGGCGACCUUCUAAAUACAAGCAUCGUUCUAAAAUCCUUUUCAGCAAAACAAAGGCCUAUCAAAGACGAAUCCACUCUGACAGUGAUGGUGAGGAGUUUUGCCCUGCCACACAGAAAAAGAAAAAGGGAAGAGCCCACAGAGGCAGUGAGGAAGACCCACUUCUCUCCCCAGCUGACCCAUGGAAGAUUGGUAUAGAUAAUCCUGCAAUCACCUCUGACCCUGAGCAAGACGAUAAGAAGAUGAAGAAGAAAAAGACACCAAAGACACCAAAGGACCAGAAAAAGCCGAAAUCAACCAAGCCCCCAAAGGCACUUUACCCACCCACUCGGAGAACCUGGGAGAGCAACUAUUUUGGAGUUCCCCUGCAGAAUCUGGUGACUCCUGAGCAUCCCGUCCCGCUCUUCAUUGAGAAAUGUGUUGACUACAUAGAACUUACAGGUUUUACAACUGAGGGCCUUUAUCGUGUCUGUGGAAACAAGACAGACCAAGAUAACCUUCAGAAACAAUUUGAUCAAGAUCACAGCAUUGACUUUAAAGAGAUGGAUGUCGCAGUGAAUGCUGUUGCUGGAGCGUUGAAGGCAUUUUUCGCUGACCUGCCUGACCCAUUGAUCCCCUAUGCCUUGCACCCAGAGCUGGUGGAAGCUGCAAAACUCAUGGACUACAUCGAGCGACUGCAGGUGUUGCGAGAGAUUGUGAAAAAGUUUCCUUCCAUCAACUACCAGGUCUUCAAAUACAUAAUCACACACCUUAACAGGGUGAGCCAGCACAGCAAGACUACUCUGAUGACAGCCGACAACCUGUCCAUCUGCUUCUGGCCAACUCUCAUGCGUCCUGACUUUGAGAACAAGGACACACUGUCGACCACAAAGCUAAACCAGGCAGUCAUUGAGACUUUCAUUGUGCAGAGUGACUAUUUCUUCCAUGGAGGUGAAGUGGCAGAGAGCUCCAGCAGUGAGGGGACGCCACCACCACAUUGCCACAACAUGGUGGAGGCUCUUCUGCCUCUGCAGCUUCCCCCACCUCUUCAACCACAGCAGAUACAACACCCAUUGCCCUCUGAUCCACUCAUUUAAAACACCAUUAAGCAUUGUGGAACAUUAGGAGUUUAUUAUGUGCUUCUAGCUGCAGUCUUCAUGAAAAGCUGGAGGUCAUUCUCAGUUUUUCAAAUCAGUGGUUGGCUGAUGUCAGUGGAACACAUCAUAAGCGUCAGUUAAUUUUUCUCCUGCUACUUCUGCAUCUUCUUUCAGCUUUGAGGUUUAGAGACACAUUACUCAUUUAUUAAAUCAGUCCUUAUCUGGGAGAUCUGCUCCUUUUCAAGCCAAAUCUGUGAUUAUGGAAUUGCAAUUGCACGUCACAUUUUGGAAUGCAUUUCUUAGAUAUCCUUUCACUACUGGUUGAAUACAGUGAUGAAUAUUUGAAUGGGCACAUAGUGCUAGUUCUUUAUCUGUGUCACACUUAGUUUCACGGAAUUCUUAGAAACAUUUGGGGCAAAGACUCCAUCACUACCUUCUCUACCACUGUUAAAAGCCCGACCUUCCUGAUGCCAGCUCUUAGGCACAACUGUAGGGAAUUUAGCAUUACAACUACUACUCUAAUCUAAAAAAACUGACAUUGAAACGCAGACCGAGGGGAUUUCAGUCUUCCUGCAAAUUUUGGCACAGGAAAAACAGCGUUUACUCAGUCAGUUUGGGACACGGAUGAGACUGACAUGUGAAAUUUACAAACAGAAUGUUUGAACUUGAUGCCCUGCACCUUUAACAUUUUUUGUAGGUAAUGGGUGAAACUCUGAUUUUCAGUACUAAAUUAUGUGAUCAGACAACACCUUUCCCACGAUACAAGCUUAAAGGAACUCCCUUAAAGGAUAGUCCAUGCACGAUUGGUGUCAGUUGUCUAUGUUGCAAUUUCGUGUCUGUUUGCUUCUUUUAUCGUGUCAUGUAUUUAUAUAUUUUGGUAAUAUCUGAUUUUUGUCCAUGUUGUGUGUCAGAUUGGGCGUGUGUUGGUUGUUGUGUAAUGAUGAUAUGUGUGAUGGUUUUUGUACAAACUUACCUGUGGUCUGUUUUCCAGCCUGUUGGUAUCUUCCUUUUUCAGGGAAGGGUGGAUUUUCAAGGGAAAAGGCAUAUAAACAUGAAUACAUACCGAAUGAUAUUAGAGGACCAGACUUCAGAACUCUCCUGCUGAUCUGUUUUAUUUCUGUUUAGUUUCUUUAGUGGAGACACCUCCCCAUGUCAUCUUGGCAUGUACACUGUUAAAGAAGUAGUCUUCAAGUCGGCUUAUUUCCUUCACAUUUUUUUUGUCUCAAAAUCUGCAUGCACAAUUUUAGCAAAUUAAAACACUUAAAGCCCUUGUUAGGAUCUGCAUCUCUUUAUCUGACUUUUUUAAGAGCAAUAUUUUAACAAAAAAAUCAAAUGUUUGCAUUAGUCUUUUUUGUUCUUGGAAGACAUCAAGUCUUUAUCAUAUUUUUUGUUACAUGUUAAAUAUGUUUCCCUCAAUAGAGGAAAGUAGGUUAAAUAUAAGUCUAUAUAUAAAUAUCUAAUUCUCUCAGCAGCACGAGAUUCUCAUAUAAUGAACUACCACGGGGUACUGGAUUGUAAUCUGUCACAAGCUAUGAUCAUAUAAGGGUAAAUUAAUUUUCUUUUUUUCUGAUUAUGUGAAUGUGAGUGAGUGCACAUUUAGGGUAAGUAGGGGGAGUGUGUGGGUUAGGAUUGUUGGUUGUAGUAGAUCAGCACAACUUAAAAGGAAAGGGAAAAAGUUUCAUUCUUCAUCUGUGAUACUUUAAGCAGCACAAUGUUACUAAAAUGUAACCUUUCCCAGUCUGCUUCUGUCAUCCUGAGACUAUAUUUCUGAAAUCUACAUCAUUGCCCUGCCUUUGGCAACAGUAUAAUAAAUAUUUAUUACAGCUUAUUUUUUUCAAUCUUCUGGCCAUCGGAUAAUAGAUGUUUUUGCUGAUUGAAAUAGAUAUAUUAUUAAUCUUAAUUUUACAACUCUUAAAAAUUCCAAAAUUGUGUUGUUGUUUUUUUUUCUACAGCAUUUUCUGUAAAGAGUGCAAUCUUUUGGUACUUUACCCUAACUCUGCUCAAAAUUUCAAAAGGAAGCUUCUAAUCUAAAAGCAAACACUAAUGCUUAUGUCUGCAAGGAUUUUCAACACUAAUAUUGCCAUAGUUCUGUUAUUAUUUAGCACAUAGUUGGUCAGCAGAAGCACGAAAUGUCUUUACAAGAAAACAUUUUAGAAUUUGUAAUUAAAGCAUAUAUUCACCAUAAGAAACCUUUUUGAGAUUUCCUUUCUCCAAAAACAAAUGAAUAGAAAAGCACCAGUUUUCAGAGUGCUAGAUAAAACUCCAGAUGUUAUCACAAUCUGAUGUCCAAUACUCAUCUUUUAUUCAUGUGAAAUAGCUUUCUUUCAGCCCUUAUAUACUUGGGGUUAGCAGAAGUUUAUUUGAAUCCAACAUAUUUUAUUUUUAACACUUUAAAAUGUACAAUGACAAUGUAUUUUUUCUUUUUAAACCAAUACCAUAGUUGAGUGAUAGUUUUUUUCUUUUGCCGUGUCUCUUAACAAAACCUUUAAAGUCUCAGUUUGGGUGAUUGAGGAAAAACCCUUUCUGAAGCCGGGCUUAAAUGUGGAAUGAAGUUGCUAACUGAACCAUUCAUGAGUCUCACCUAUAGAAAAUGUAAUAUUGUGGUAACUCAGAGGUAUUUUACAUUAUAAUGUUAGUAUUUCUGAACAAGUCCUGUGACAUGCAGCUGCUGCUGCCUUUGAAACCGAUGCUUUGUAAAGUAAAUUAAAAUAGUAACAAAGCAUAUGUAAGCAUAUUCUAUUUCAGUGAAUUUUUUAAAGAAUGUUUAUCCAAAGGUGUAUAAUCUGUCACUGGCUACUUUUUGUUGCUUAUUUGCUUUGUCCCUUUUCCACCCUCGGUAUUUGUCAAAUAUACUCAGAACCCAUAGCUUUUCGUGGAAGAAAAGUUAUAAAAGAUAGAUUCAGAUGUGUUGCCAUAUAAAAUGUUUCCACACCGGAUACUUUAAGGCUAUGUUAAAGUAUCCUUUUUUGAUAGUCCUCCUGUACUAUUUAAAGUUUACAAACAUUUCCUGACAUGUGUUAAGUAAUUAUGGCUUUAAAAAAAAAAGUGCCAAAACUUUGUAAAGCACUGGACAUAAAAAUAUAAGAGGAGACAAACUGUAAAGGUUGAAGAAAACAUAUAAAAUACUUUGGAUUUUAAUUUGAGAUCAGACCUUUCACUGCUAAAGAUUUGUCUGCCACCACAAAUCAAAUUUAAAAGACAUUUUGGAAUGUGUAUCAAAAGAGGCUAAAAAAGUUUAAAAAUUUCAUGAAAUUUGAUGGUGUUAUAGCGAAAUUAAUAUGGCAUUUAUGUUUAUAUUGCUGGACUGGAGGGUAUUCUUUGAAGGCACAUGAAAAAGGUAAUGACUGGAUCACUCUUAUUUACAUAAGAUUUUCUUUUUUGGGGGUGUUACCAGCUGCUAGGUAUAAUAAAACAAUGAAGUCUAGGGCUUUUUAUCUGUAGUUUUUAACCAGUGAUCAGUUCCUUUUAUUUACUUUUUUGUUAAAGUCUCCCCAUUAUUCAUACCAGUGUACAAACUAUUAUUAGUCAAAGAAAGAUUUUCAGAAAUAAAGAACAUCUGAAAAUUUU